AGCAUUGUUUUUCUUUUUUGUAGGACAUGUUCUUCAAAUAUACGUGGAAUAACUUUUUACAUACACAAGUGGAAAUUUGUAUUGCACUGAUCCUUGCAAGUCCUUUUGAAAAUACAGAAAAUAACACAAUUACUGAUCAAGACUCCACUGGUGACAAUUUGUUACUGAAACACCUUUUUCAAAAAUGUCAGCUAAUAGAACGGAUACUGGAUGCCUGGGAAAUGAAUGAGAAGAAACAGGCCGAGGGAGGCAGACGGCACGGCUACAUGGGACAUCUGACAAGGAUAGCUAACUGUAUUGUGCACAGCACUGAUAAGGGCCCCAACAGUGCAUUAGUACAGCAGCUUAUCAAAGACCUUCCAGAUGCAGUCAGGGAGCGGUGGGAGGCGUUCUGCACAAGCUCCUUGGGAGAAACUAACAAGAGGAACACGGUAGAUCUAGUUACAACCUGCCAUAUUCAUUCAUCCAGUGAUGAUGAAAUUGACUUUAAAGAAACGGGUUUCUCACAGGAUUCUUCUUUGCAGCAAGCCUUUUCUGAUUAUCAGAUGCAACAAAUGACGUCCAAUUUUAUUGACCAGUUUGGCUUCAACGAUGAGAAGUUUGCAGAUCAAGAUGACAUUGGCAAUGUUUCUUUUGAUCGGGUAUCAGACAUCAACUUUACUCUGAAUACAAAUGAAAGUGGAAAUAUUGCCUUGUUUGAAGCAUGUUGUAAGGAGAGAAUACAGCAGUUUGAUGAUGGUGGCUCUGAUGAGGAAGACAUCUGGGAGGAAAAGCACAUUGCCUUUACACCAGAAUCCCAAAGACGAUCCAGCUCGGGGAGUACAGACAGUGAAGAAAGUACAGACUCUGAAGAAGAAGACGGAGCGAAACAAGACUUGUUUGAACCCAGUAGUGCCAGCACAGAGGAUAAAAUGGAGGUAGACUUGAAUGAACCACCCAACUGGUCAGCCAACUUUGAUGUCCCCAUGGAGACAACCCAUGGUGCUCCCUUAGAUUCUGUGGGGUCUGAUGUCUGGAGCACAGAGGAGCCAAUGCCAACUAAGGAGACAGGCUGGGCCUCUUUCUCAGAGUUCACGUCUUCCCUGAGUACAAAAGAUUCUUUAAGGAGUAAUUCUCCGGUGGAAAUGGAAACCAGCACCGAGCCGAUGGGCCCUCUGACUCCCAGUGUUGCCACACUGGCCGCACAGCCAGAAGGUAGGUGUGGGGAGCAGGGCACCAGCUGACACAGCCUGCUGGCCGCUUGGCUGAGGUUGCUCAGGCUUGGGCUGUUUGCUUAGUUUUCUAGAUCUAAACACUUGUUUCUGUCCACAUAACAGUUUAUAAAGCCAGUCUUGACUCACCGGCUCAAGGGCUCAAAGGAGUUAGGGAGUUGAGAUGGUGGGUCUGAGGUCCGCAGGACAGCCGAUGAAAAGAAAUUACGUAUUCAUUCCAGAACCAGGCAUGGUGAUUCUAGAAGGCAUAAGGGAUCUGUUAUCAGUUGUUCAGUCCUGUCAGUGUACAGAAAUGGAAACAGGCUCAGAAAAGAAGAAUGUCUUAGUCUGCAGUGCCCAGUGUGAAUAAAAUCAGAAUUAGGUGUGUGUGUUUUCAAGCCCGUCUGGUACCCAAUUCUUUUGUCACUUGGAGUUUGCUUUACUGGAGCGCACAUGGGUGUCUCGGCAUGUUUCAGGCUGUAAGGCUGUUUAUUUUCUUCUCACCUUUAUGAACAGUUGAGAUGGUCAGGGGUAUCCAGUGGGUUGUCAUGUUCAAACUGCACACGUUGUUCCUUGCAGAGACCCUGAGCUCUUUUCAGCCUAAUGAA